AUGGCAUCUUUCCAUGUCCGUUCAAACAGCUUGCCUUCGAACCCGAGCCCAUUGGUUGCUCAAGUCAACGAGCACUUGACCCGAUUGAGAUCUUCUGAAUCUGCCUCUACAUCCUCAUCUUCAAUCUGCCAAAAGCUAAACGAUGUUCAAGAUCUGCAAAACUGUAUCAACAAGAUGCUGCAGCAAUCUUCCCACCAACAAGCUUUGUCACAAGAACAGAACAGGAAAACGGUCCUGGAGCUUCUCGAUGGUUCAUUGAGGUUCUUGGAUGUCUGUAACGUUGCCAAGGAUGCACUGUCAAACACGAAAGAGAGCCUUAGAGAUGUCCAAUCGGCAGUCCGAAGAAAAAGUGAUGGUUUCUUCACAGAGGUCAAGAAAUACUUAGCCUCCAGGAGAUCGCUUAAGAAGUCAUUCCAGAAUGUUUCAAGAAGCUUGAAGACAACAGAUAUAAAACAAAACGAAGAUGAAACCUUGACGAUCUUGAUGGAGGCCGAGGUAGUUACAGCUGAUGUGCUUGCAUGGUUCUUGAGCUUUAUUUCUGGUUCUAAGGCACAGUCAAAGUCAAGCAGUAAAUGGUCAUUGGUCUCGAAGCUGGUCAGGCAAAAGAGAGUAGCCUGCGAGGAAGAAGAAGAAAGCAGCACAAGAAACGAGUUCUCCAAAGUGGAUUCAGUAUUGCUUUCACUCACUCAGACAAAAUCGGAAAAGGGCAUGAAAAUGGAGGGUCUUCAGAGCUUGGAGAUGAUCAUUGAAGAUGUCGAGCAAGGACUUGAGUGCCUAUUCAGAAGCUUGAUAAAACUCAGAGUCUCUGUCCUUAACAUUUUGGGCAACUAG